UGCUGCAGUUACAACUAAGCACUACAUUUUUCUGUUCUGUCCCCAUGAAAAACUUGGGGAUUCUCAGAGUUAACUUGUAAUCUAUAAAUGUUGUUUCUGUUUCCUUGGUGUACAUGUUCAAUAAAGUGUAACUGACUCCUGUUUGCACAAUGUCUGUCUUCUAAAUAUAACAGAUAUAACUUACAUUUAACAUGCUCUAGAUGGCUCCGUUGUCCUCCUCCUCUGGGUGGCUCUAUUACUGACUUUCCAUGCUUUCCUGUCAUUUCUUAUCAAUAAAAUGGUGCUUACUGUAGAAUAAUAUGGGAAAACCUUGCCUUUUGUACAGAAAGCUUCAGGAAAAUAUGGUUGUUAAAAUAUUGUUUAAAAUAAUCUCUUUAGAGUUUCUGUUUGGAAAAUGACAUCCUUGCUCAAGAGUAUGGAGAUUAAGUAGGUAUGGAUUCCUGUCAACAGUGAAACAGAGCCAAUGCGUUCCCUAAGGUUGAGUCUCAGUGGUACCAGCUAGCCAUCUAAGACUGCUUCUACACAGCCAUUUAAUCUGGGUCAGGACAUGAAUUAAAGAGAACCAGUUCACUGUGGAAUGCCUACACAGGCUCCUCAGGAACCAGUUCCAAGCUGGGCCACAAAAUCUGUUAAAUAUAGAUCCUGUGUAUCCUGGUUCUCCAAAUGCUUCAGUGGUAGAUAAUAAUAAUAAUACUAAUACUACUACUACUACUACUACUACUAAUAAUAAUAAUAAUAAUAAUAAUAAUAAUAAUAAUAACCACAUAUAAAAAUAACAUUAAAAACCUCACAUCAAAUUAAAUCAAUGAAUUAAGCCUAACAUCAAUAAACUGAACCAAACGUAGUCAAACAAGCACUCUGCACUAUUCUCUCAAGCACUCUUCAUUGUGGUCUCAGAUUCCUGCUCUGCAGUGCCUGUCAAUAUGAAACUACCUAAAAUCAGACAACUUAGUACUCAUGGCAGUAAAAUUGCAGGAAAAAACCUUUCUCUAUCCUGGAAGUAUAUAUAAAAUAUAAAUAUACUUUGGUUAAGGCAGUGCUGUCAUUAGGUUGGUGUCACCCAAUGUGGUAACAAGUUGUUUCCGUCUCUCUCUAUCUCAAUCUCUCUUUCAUACAGACACACAUAACACAUCGCAAUUGUGGAGAUGGGGAACUGAGACAAAUAUUAAGAGUUAAAGACACAACACAGCAAGUGGCAUGAGUGAGGGGAGAGGGAGAAUGCUUAACUUUGACGGCCACUAAAAACCUACAUCCAAGAGAGGAACAAAAAGAAAGGCUCCGUUGGCGGCACAUAGCACCAAGGAUCAUGAUGGUGAUAUUAUUAUUAACAUUAGUAUUACCUGUAUUUUUUACUUAUAUAGCACCAUAAAAUGUACAUAGCGCUUUAAAAAAAUAACCAGAAUAGUGGAUGCUGCCAAACACAUAUAAUUUAAAAUAUACAAGUGGUAGUAGUUUGAGUGUUAGACUAAGUCUCUGGAGACCAGGGUUUGAUUCCUGGCUUGGCCAUGGAAACUGAUCGGAUAACCCUGAGUGAAUUACAACACUCUCCAUCUCAGAAAACUCCAUGAUAGGUUUUGCCUUGGGGUUGCCAUAAAUCAUAAGUGACCUGAAGGCACACAACAACAACAACAACAACAACAACAACACACAUAUACACUGAGAAAAAGAGAUAACAAACAAACAAAAGAGAAUAAGCCCACAGUGCCUCAUUCCAAGAAAUGCUAACACUAGUUGUACUGUUAGAAUUCUCAACACUUGAAUAAUUAUAGAGUGAAGAAGCUCCAACAGGUAUGAGAAAGAAGCAAUACCAAAACUAUUUUGGGUGUGAUGGAAUCCACAGGGAGGCCUUUGCUUGAAGGGAAUGUGUCAGUGGAGACACUUGCUCACUUGUUUUUGGAAAUGCUCUCAGGUUUAAUAGCAGGGUAUUGAAAUAUGAGCUUUGCGUAACCAAGUACACAAGAUAUAUAUGGUUCUAAUAAAAACUGUCUCUUACAAGGAGGAAGAAAGGGAAUCCAAAAAAGGUGUACUUCAAUAUAAUGUUAAUAAUGAGUACUCAUUAAGAAAUAUUUUCCAAAAAGUUAAAUUGUUGAGAAUGAGUACUGAAGAAUGCAAUUUUGUAGAAGCUGAGAUUACUUCCCUCACCAAACCCAUACCUCUUUCUUAGCAUACAGUUCAAUCUUGUAAUUUCCAUUACCUCAUGCUAUAGAAAUCUGCAGUGUUGUCGAAGGGUUUCAUGGCCAGGAUCACAGGGCAGUUGUAUGUAUGGCCAUGUUCCAGAAGUAUUCUCUCCUGACGUUUCGCCCACAUCUAUGGCAGGCAUCCUCAGAGGUUGUGAGGUAUGGAGAAACUAAACAAGGAAGGCAUGUGUUAUUCUCGUGGGCCACAGGUUGACUGCAGUGGUUACAAGAAACCUUCUGAUGGAUCCAAACCUAGAAGAUGCACACUGGAGUACUUCCCAAUAUGUGGUACCAACGGCCAAACGUACACCAACAAGUGUCUCUUCUGCAGUGCAGUCAUGACAAGUCAAGGGAAGAUCCAUUUUAAGCAUUAUGGGAAUUGCUGAGAUAUUGCCUUGGGGAUCUGUGGAAAAACAUACUUCAUUCGCCUGUGAUCUCUGCCUCACUCUUCUUGCUCCAUUCAAAUCCAGUCUAAUCCACUCAAAAACUUGUUCUCUUCAGCUACUACUGGUCUACUGGGUUAAAAUAAAAACUUCUCAAUCUUA